AUGGAGAGGGAGGAGAUGUUCGAGAAGGUGGUGACGCCGAGCGACGUCGGGAAACUGAACCGGCUGGUGGUCCCCAAGCAGUACGCGGAGCGCUUCUUCCCGCUGGUGGCAGCGACGGACUGCGUGAAGGGGCUGCUGCUGAGCUUCGAGGACCCGACGGGGAAGUCGUGGCACUUCCGCUACUCCUACUGGAACAGCAGCCAGAGCUACGUGAUGACCAAGGGCUGGAGCCGAUUCGUCAAGGAGAAGCGCCUCGACGCCGGGGACACCGUCUGCUUCAGCCGCGGCGCCGGCCCGGACGCCCGCAACCAUUUCUUCAUCGACUGGAAGCGCCGAAUUCUUCCCGUCCGUGGAUAUCCACCAUGCGGGCAGGUUAUUUUCUUCCGGCCGUCUCCGGUCACUGCGCCGCCUGAAGCCGAAGUGCAACCUGGCAGCGUCCCGACGGGUCGUGAUUCAACGCCCGCGGUGGGAGGCCAGGCCGUGGCCAAGCGAGUGAGGUUGUUUGGGGUGAACCUCUUAUGCCCUGAACCACAAGGCUGUGGCGGCGAUCCACAGUCCUCCUCUCAGGCGCCGCCCGUGAGCAAGGAGCAGCGUUCCGAUCGAUCCUCGUCGUCCUUGACCUAUAAGCUUCUUUCUUAA